CAUAUCGGAUCAGGUACGUUCGGUUCUUUCCCCAACCCUGGUCUCGCUUUCUCUCCGGCGUCGCCGCUUCGUUUUGUUCGCUCGCUUGGUCCCUUUCCUCUCGAAUUUCUCCGGAGUCAUGAAGGUUCCCAUGGGUCCUCCCCCUCCUCGAAACCCAAACCCUACCCUCGAGAACUCUAAUGGCGAGCCUCCUCUUGCCCAGCACUCGCAGUUCAGUGCGAAUCAGGAGGGAGCUUGCGCAGCGGAGUCCGCCGUUCCGGAAUCUGAAGCAAACCCCAGCUCUUCUUCGGAGACCACUGGUACCGGGCCUGAAGUGAAGAUUGUUGAGAAACCGAGCCCUAGUGUUUCUUCCUCUUGCUCCUUCGGAUCUCAAAGCGACAAACUACCCGUUCCUUACUCGAUCCCAACGUGGAGCGAACCUCCUGGGCACCCUUUCCUCCUUGAGGUCCUUAAGGAUGGUAUCAUCAUCGAGCAACUGGACGUGUCUCAAAAAGGGGCAUAUAUGUUUGGACGUGUUGAUCUAUGUGAUUUUGUGCUGGAACAUCCAACAAUUUCCCGGUUCCACGCAGUUUUGCAGUUUAAGAAGGAUGAAGUUUUGCUGUACGAUCUUGGUAGUACACAUGGGACAUUUGUCAACAAAGUCCAGAUAAAGAAAAAAGUCUACACAGCAGUGCAUGUUGGCGAUGUUCUCCGAUUUGGUUUGUAAGUUGUUUUAGUAAUGU